AUGCCCCGCCCGUACGCCUGGAACCUGCUCUGCAGCGGUGUUUCGGCUGAAGACGCCGCUCUCCUUCUCCAAGGAAUGAAAACGUGGAAGACUGUCAAGAGCCAGCUAAUGUCGUGCGCGGCUUGCAGCAGCGGCACUCCGCACUCUAUGCGCUACAAGGCGCUGCGCUGCGCCUGCAAGCACUGCACGGACGCAGUUCCCUACCUGGUCUGCCCGUGGCGGCUGAAGCUGCACGUCUGCCAGGAGACCGACGCCGUCGACAUGCACGAGCUGGGCGAGCACCAUUCGCGCGCUCGAACGCCGUCCAAGUCGUGCAUCACGCCGCAGCAGCGCGACUUCAUCAAGGAGAUGGCCCGUGAAAACCUGAUGCCGCUACGCAUCCGACACGCUUUGGGACGCAAGUUUGGUCUCCGUCCUGCCGCGCUACCCAGCCUGCGCUCAGUGCAAAACAUUGUGCACCACUUUCGCGGUGCGGACCACGACGCCUUUACGUUCACUAAUGCGUACGAUACCUCUGGUCUCCCCGAGAUUGGAAACGGCUCAGAUGCUCGGCCGUUCUUGGUCGGCAUGACCACCAAGGCACUCCUGCGCAACGCCGCGCGGGACGCGAGCACCUUUAUGCUGAACCUCGACGCUACGUUCAAACUGAACAGCGUCGGUUACCCGGUGCUUGUCUGCGGCAUCACCGACGCCACCAGAGCCUUCCACCUGGUGGCGCUCUUCAUCACGUCGCAGCUCCAGUACGAGCACUUUGAAGCCGCGCUCGUUGCGUUGCGCCGCGUGUAUGCUCGGGUCAACGGCGCCGAGUGGCAGGUGAAAUUCGUUCUUGGAGACGCAGACAAGGCACAACACACAGCCUUCCGCAGUGUCUUCGCGGACUGCCCAUUAACGUACCUCAUGUGCUUCUACCACGUAGUGGCAAAGCUGCGCGAGAGGACUCGCGGAUUGAGCUCGGAGCUCUCUACAUUAGUGUACAAGGGCGUCUACGACUUGCACUUCGCGCAGAGCAAGAGCGAGUACGUG